AAUGUCCUGAAGAUGAAAAUGAAGAUGGAGAUUAAGUGUUUCACGCAAAACGAGGUUGUAAUAAUAUGUGAUUAAUUGAGUUUUAAUUAUUCUAAACUUGAAAAAUAGAUUAAUAUGAUAUUUUAGAGCAACUUUCAUACAGAGAGUUUUCACACGAAACGCACCGUUUAGUAGUUUAAAAAGCGUGCCAUGAGUAUCCAAAAUUUAAUCCAACUUUAGUUGGAGAAAAGAACAGGGUAUAAGAAUAAAGAAUAGAGACAAUGGAACGUACAAAACUUUGGAUCAGUAUGUUGUGUUGCUGUUCUGAAUUUAUCUCAGGCAGUCAGGCUGUGUUCAAAAUCCGCUCCAAGGCUGCAAUGCUGAACAGAUGCGGAUCCAUCAAGGUUGUUGAUUCAAGCCUAUGUGCAGUGAAAUCUAUUUGCAUAUCAUACUAGAUUACCAAAUACUCAACGAUGCGGAUGCAGUUUAGGUGGCAAUGCACACCUUCGACAUGCCAUUUCUCAAUUCCUGGAGCUAUCAGAUUAUCAUACUGAAAUGAGAAUGCAGGUCACCAUGAUCCAACCUAACUCCAUUGCUGCCAAGCUAUAAUUUCUUCGAUGGAUUUGAUGGUUUCAUCACGCGUCUCCUCAUUUGCAGGAGGCCAAGAAAGCCAAAGAGGAGGAACGCCAUGGAGAAGAAGCUGUCCAUCCUCGUCUGCCUCCUCCUGCUCGCCGUCUCCGGCCAUGGCCUGCGCAUCCUCCACGACGUCGACGGCGACUUCGGCCAGGGCUUCGCCUUCGGCUCCAAGGCCGCCGCCGCCGACGAGACGGAGCCGCUGGACCCGUUGCUGGACGACUACGAGAACGAGAUCAGCCACCUGGAGUUCGAGCCGGUCGACGCCGGGUCGACGCCGUACGCCGCGGGGGAUGCGGACGCGGCGGCGCCGGCUCCUGGGCCGGCGGCCGAGGCGGGGAGCGCCGCCGGCAGCGACAGCAUGAAGUGGUGGCUGCCGCCGUCGACGAUCCCGUCGUUCCCGCUGUUCCCCGGGAUGCCCGGCCUCGGCAUGCCUCUCCCCGGCAUCCCAUUCAAGCCCAUCGGCUGGGGCUCGCCGGCGGCGCCCGGCCAGUACGCGCCGGAUCCCCCCGCCGGCGCCGGCGCCGACGGCGACGCGGACCCGAGCGCCGCCAGCCAAGUCAUCAACUGAGCCAAUAUCGAUGACGUGGCACACCACGUAGUUCUAGUUCUACACGAAAUGAAUCCUUGAGUUUUUAAAACGGAGUUACUAUAAAUAUGACGCUAUAUGCUAUACAGUCGAUUUUUUUUCAGCCAUUUAUACAGUAGUUA